AUGAAGGAGUGUGGAAAGAGUUUCAGUCGGAGGGAUUCUUUUCAGCAACAUGAAAGGACUCACAUGGGGGAGAAACCCUAUAAAUGCCUUGAGUGUGGACAGAGCUUCACUCGUAGUUCAUCUCUACAUUCACAUCAAAGGACACACACUGGGGAGAAACCCUAUACAUGCCUGGAGUGUGGAAUGGGUUUCAGUCGGAAGGAUUCUCUUCAGCGACAUGAAAGGACUCACAUGGGAGAGAAACCCUAUAAAUGCCUCAAGUGUGGACAGAGCUUCAUUCAAAGUUCAACUCUACGUUCGCAUCAAAGGACUCACACUGGGGAGAAACCCUAUACAUGCCUAGAGUGUGGACAGAGCUUCACUCAGAGUUCAGGUCUCCAUUCACAUCAAAGGACUCACACUGGGGAGAAACCCUAUAAAUGCCUCGAGUGUGGACAGAACUUCAUUCAAAGUUCAAAUCUACGUUCACAUCAAAGGAUUCACACUGGGGAGAAACCCUAUAAGUGUUGGGAAUGUGGACAGAGCUUCACUCAGAGGGGACAUCUACAGAGACAUCAGAGGACUCACACUGGGGUUAAACCUUAUAAAUGCCUCGAGUGUGGAAAGAGUUUCACUCAUAGUUCAGAUCUACGAUUACAUCAAAGGACUCACACUGGGGAGAAACCCUAUACAUGCCUGGAGUGUGGACAGAGUUUCAGUCGGAGGAAUUGUCUUCAGCAACAUGAAAGGACUCACAUGGGAGAGAACCCCUAUAAAUGCCUGGAAUGUGGACACACCUUCACUCGCAGUUCAUCUCUACAAUCACAUCAAAGGACUCACACAGGGGAGAAACCCUAUACAUGCCUGAAGUGUGGACAGAGUUUCAGUCGGAGGGAUUCCCUUCAGCAACAUGAAAGGACUCACAUGGGAGAGAAACCCUAUAAAUGCCUCGAGUGUGGACAGAACUUCAUUCAAAGUUCAACUCUACGUUCGCAUCAAAGGACUCACACUGGGGAGAAACCCUUUACAUGCCUGGAGUGUGGAAAGAGCUUCUGUCAUAGUUCAACUCUACGUUCGCAUCAAAGGACACACAGUGGAGAGAAACCCUAUAAGUGCUUAGAGUGUGGAUGGAGCUUCACUGAGGGUGGAAGUCUACGUAAACAUCAAAGGAUUCACACUGGGGAGAAACCCUAUAAGUGCCUAGAAUGUGGACAGAGCUUCGCUCACAAUGGAAAUCUACGUAAACAUCAAAGGAUUCACACUGGGGAGAAACCCUAUAAAUGCCUGGAGUGUGGACAGAGCUUCACUCAGAGGGGACAUCUACAGAGACAUCAAAGAACUCACACUGGUGAGAAACCCUAUAAAUGCCAGGUGUGUGGACAGGGCUUCACUCAUAUUGCAGGUCUGCAUUCACAUAAAAAGACUCACACUGGGGAGAAACCCACCCUAUAAAUGCCUAGAAUGUGGACAGAGCUUCACUCAGAGUGGAAGUGUAUGUUCACAUCAAAGGACUCACUGGGGAGAAACCCCAUGAAAGCAUGGCGUGGUGGAAGGGAUUUUCAAUGGAGACAACAGUGGCAUUUGACCGAAAUACAACUUUCCAAGCUUUUCGUGUUGUUUACACACUCUAGACAUGCAUCCUUUCUGACAUGGUAGUUCAGUUUAAGAAACCAGAGAUUAAACCAAUCCCAUAUCAGUUUGUCAAUAUAUAUAAUAUAAUAAUAUACAGAGAUAGGUUUCAUAUAUUCUUUUUUGUAUAUACAAUUCUUUUGUAGUUUCCUCUAUAGCCGCUCCAUGUGGUUUUCUCAUCACAAAGGGGUUUUAUUUUCUUAAUUAGAAACAAAUUAUGCAUAAAAGAUUACAGCUGAACCUACACUUGAACUUACCAGCACUUCACCAGUGGACUACAGUGGACACGCGUGUGUCAUGGCACAGAGUUUGGAAGGCUCUGAUCGAAGAGAAGACAAUGGCAGUGCUCAUUAAUGCUGACAAACGAGAGCACACUCUUGGGGUCCUCUUAUCAUAUUGGGGUGCCUUUGCAGAAAGGCCCGGAAAUAUUGGACUCAGAAGCAUACGAUGCUGGACACAAAUGGUUAAGGUUUCGUUUUCAAUGAGAGCAGAGUUUUGUUUCGUAUGAAUGCUGGAGAGUCACCUAGAAACAGAAUUGGGAAGAUGCCUCGAAGAGAGGAUCACUGCAGCAAGCGGCGUUUCGCCUCAGAAAUGGAAGAUGUCAUGAUCGCGCAGGAAGAAAGGUCGAGGCCGCCUUAUCACUACUUCACAACAACAACAACAACAGGGGCAAAUGUCAGUUGUGGGGUGUAUGAAUUAGAAGAUUUGCCAAAGCAGAAGUGUGGUUGCGUAGGAUUAUCUGAGGGGAACAGAGCCAUUAGGGACACAACUCAGGGCCAGGUUCUUAGAAUUAGACCCAGGUCUGUUUGCUCGUUUUGUGGUGUACUUUGUAGAUCUAUAUAGGAGUUUUUUGGUGGUGUGUGUUUUCUGAUUUAUUUUUGUAGUUGUGGCAGCCACUCGUGAGCUGCCCAAUUUUAGCGUGUAUGUAAUGAUUCUUACCUCUUAGGCCGAAGGAGAAGCCUGAGAUGUCAGUAGGCAGGCCUCCAUUUUGGGAGUGUAAGCACAGGAAGCAGACAUCUUGGAAGAGUAAAAUGAGAAGAGGGGGAGGAGCUGGAGAGCUCUCUGGAUUGGUUAGGACUGAUGGGAGGAGUUAAGUCCUGAGAGAGAAAAGUGUCAACUUGAGAGAAAGAAGAGAGAUUGAUUUUGGGAACAGAAGAGAGAGGAGAGGUAGAUUUUUGAGCUUAGAUUUUUCUGUCGGAGAUUUUUAGAUUUUUCGGUCAAUGAGUCGGCGGGAGACUCGG